UCGAUUAGUUUAUCGAUCGAUUUCAAAAAGGCGGGAAAACAAAAAACACUCGCGCGCUGCCAAAUCAAAAAUGUAAAUGAGUGAAAAGAUUCAACAACAAGUAAUUGGUAGUAAUUGGACGACUCUUGGAAGCUACAGGUUUUAUCAUAGGUGAAGUUUAUCCAAACAAUAACAAAGAAAGCUGAGUUGUCAGUCUUCACGGCAUGAAUGGACUGUUUAGUCCACGGUAACCACAUGUGGGUUCGCCUAACAUCGUAUUCGUUGCCAUUUAUUUUGAACUGUUUUGAGGCCAAGUUUCAAGCAGUAGAUCCAGCCGCUCUACCAGACAGCGAUGGCGAGGAGCCUUCUAAGUCUACAGCAGCUUUAUCCCUCGCAGCUAAGCUGGCAGAUGUGAUUCUCGAGGCUCGAAAAGAGAAAAGUCGUCGCGGAAGUCGAAGAACCCGCACCGCAUUCACGCACCAACAGCUAACAGCUCUCGAGAAAGUUUUCUCCAAGACCCAUUACCCUGACGUCGAGGUGCGAGAACAACUUGCGACAUCUACGAACCUACAGGAGGCCAGAAUACAGGUAUGGUUCAAAAACCGACGAGCGAAGUAUCGUAAGGAUCAAAGGCGCAGCCUCACUUCCGAACGUGAACAUCUCGCGAGCAUACAAAAACAGGACGAAGCCGCUGGACUGAUGGCGCCAAUGUACUAUCAGCAGGCUCACAUGUCACAUUCAAGACCUUACUGGAACCACAACGUUCCUUCUGAUUGGCUAGCAGAUCCACCAAUUAUAACGCCGAACAUGUCUUGUUACAGUUACGUGCAUUCGCCUAUAAUUCAUCAGUCUGCGCCCGCGGUACACGGACCCGAGGUUUCUUACGGGAAUUUGGUCUUACAAAGAGCGCAUCGCGACGAAAUCCCCUGGAACAGUUACCCUGGAGUUUACUGAGCAAAUACUAGCUAGCUAGCCAAGAUUUAAAACCUUAUCACUGGGGAGAUGUGUAAGAAGAUGUAAUUAUUUGGUUGUAAAAUAGAAUGAUCACCAGUCAGCCGAUUCAAUAAUAUUAUAUACAUUCUCAAACUAUAUAAAACCGAGGUUCCGACUU